GCCGCUUUGCUUUCGGGAGAUUUCCCACUUGUUGCACCCGCUGCUGUGGUCCAGAAGGCCUGGCACAGUCGAUGUGGAUAUGGAGCAGAACCUUCGUAUUCUGCUCGAGGAGUGGCGGCAAGUCGGUGCGAUGCAGACCGGGCAGGAGGAGCAGGACGUGAUUCGGAACCUGGCAGAAUCUGCAAACGUCGAUCCGAAGGCUGUCCAGCUGCUUUGGCUCUCCGUGGCAAGACAAGCCAGGCCAGCCGCGGGCGAGCCGACUCCGACCGUGUACCCCGAGUUGGCGAAAAGGCAUCAUGGGAUCAGCGUCGAAGUCGUGGACCUCGGUCAGUACAGCGAGAAGCAUAGCAACUCUUGCAUGUUCCUGACCUGUGCCAUCACUUUGGCAGAUCGGCGACUCCAAGGUCGCGAAGAUGCGCAGCUUUUGGGGACCCUCGGUGACCAGCUCGAAGCCAUUGCACCAACUGCUCAGGUGAUCGCUCUUUGGCGUGGUGAUGUCGUGCUUCCAAAUGUCAUGCUGUCAGACGUCAUGGCUUCUGGUCCUUUGUACGAAGCUGUGUAUACUUGGGGCUUUUCCAUUUCAAUGGUCUGUGUCUGCUUCGUCUUCCGAGAAGCCUCCACGUUUUGGCGUCAGAAUUUGCCAGGGCUGGCUCCCGACGUCGACCGCUUCGUGUUCAUGCUGUACACUCUCUGUGCACCCUGCCUGCUGGGCUUAGUGGCCUUCCAGUACAAGCAUGACAUGUCCCUCAGUGCUGCCAGCCUUGGUGACUUGCUCUACGACUUUGACUUUCUGCUUUGGGCACUCCAUGCUUUUCAUACCUCGGUCUUCUUUCUGACAUGCUGUGCGAUGGCAUAUAUCUACGGCCUCCGACUGAGCCCCGCACUGGACGAGAAGGGUCUGACGCACCCAUCUGACAAAUUUUGGCGUAGAUCUGGCACGUGGUGCAUUUUGAUGCUGACUCCUGUUGGAGUCGUCUUUCGCCUCUUGCACCUGUUCCUUGGAACCUCUUUGUGGGGGAUCCUUCUGGUGUUGGUCGAGGUGCUGCUGCGCACCUUGGGACUGGCAGCUCUGCUGGGUGUGCUCCAGACCCAAGCCGUGACGGUGAUGUGUCAGAGAUUUGGCCCGGACCCGAAUGUCAAUGACAAUCGAGCCACGGAAAACUGCAUGAAGGCUUUGGGCGAGGAGUUUCAGAACAUCUUGGAUCCAACAAAAUGUGCGACACAGUGUGACAAGGCGACUUGUCCAUCCAGCGAAGGCCUGUGCCAGGGAGCCCACAGGGAGGUCGAACUCGGACUGGAGUCUUUAAGCGAAGGUCGCAUGGCAGAUGCCCUCCGGCAUGCGGCUUGCGAGUUGCUGCGGGAUGACAAGGAGUUCUUCCUUCCAUUCUUUCAUCCUGUGUAUUUACCUGAUGCAGGAACCCCUCCCACCUACGACAGGUGGGUGGAGUCGCUGCGUGGAAGCGAGGAAGGUGACGAACUCGUGAUUCUCGCGCUCGCGAUGCUCUGCGGAAUGGCAGUGCAGCCUGUGCAGAAAAGCGGUUACCGAGUCCCCGUCAUGGAUCCUUGCGAUGCCAAAGAGUCCGCCAUCCUGGCACUGAGCCUCGAUUCUUGUGUUUGCAGCGGGCCUUGGAAGGUCAUUCUUGGCAUUCUGGGGGAAUGA